GAGAACCCCAAACGACAUUUAUCAUCAAGAGAAAGAAAGACAGAGAACAACCUACAAAACGGCAGUACUGGCAUUGUUUCCCACAGAUAUCGAGUUGUUUGUGCUUUUAGGGUGUUUUUUUUAAUAAAUUAAAUAAAUUCCAAAUAAAUCGAGUGAAUUUAGUUCAAAACAGAAAAAUAACAAUCGGGAAAAAAAAUGUCGGCAGAAAGCCAAGCUACCACGGGAAAUACCAAUCUCAAGAAACAGGACUUAUCACAAUUGGAUAUCUCCAAAUUGACACCAUUGUCACCUGAAGUGAUAUCGCGUCAAGCAACGAUUAACAUUGGUACAAUUGGUCAUGUAGCCCACGGUAAAUCGACUGUGGUGAAAGCAAUUUCUGGUGUGCACACCGUUCGUUUCAAGAACGAAUUGGAACGUAAUAUCACAAUCAAAUUGGAACGAAUAACAUCGGAAAAAAUUCAGGAAUUAUGUGCUUCAUCGGAUAAAUUGCGACAAUAUGCAAACGAACAAGCAGCUAAAUAUCCAGUGCCAGAAUUUGCAAAACGUAAACAUAGUACAAAAGGGAUCAAACGUAAAGCAACCACUAAACUCGAAAGUGGACCGAUAAAAGUGGCAAAAUUGUGCAAUUUAUUGGAAAUGAAAGAGAAGGAUGCGUUGAAUAAAAGUCUAUUAACACCAAAUACAACAUCGUUGAUUGGCACCACGAGAACAUCGAUGGCAAGUUUAAAUGGUGACGACGCAUCAAGCACGACCACAUCACAAGUUGCAUUCAGUUCAACCAGUAACGGUGAAAUAUCGUUGAUUGAAAUGAAUUUACGACGAUUGUGUGCGCUGUGCAAAUUAACGCAUCCUGAAUUGAAAGCGGUCAUACCAAAAUCGGGUAAACCCAAAGUCGACGAAAAAGGUGUGUACGAAGAAGAGUACAAAGUAAGUAAAGUGAUUAAGCUGGAGUACGAUAAGCGGCCAUUGUAUCAGGUGAAAUGGGAAGGUUAUGAUGAAUUAACCUGGGAACCGGUCAAAAAUAUCUGGGAUUGUUCAGCAUUUCAGCGUUACAUCGAUGAAUUUAUUCGAUCACGACGAUCUGAUAUGGAAGAACUAUGGGAUGAAGUAAUCACACUUAUUACAAAUGAUAAACUUGAACCACAACUCACCGAUGCCGAAGCAUUACACCAAACGGUUCAAUUUAGUUACAACGAAUUUUUGUCACAUUUUUUCAUGUUGGUACGUUUGAGACGGAUAAAUGAUCGAAAAUCUAGUAUGUAUCGGAAAAUAUACGAUUAUGUAUUGAAUGAUAUGAAACAUUUACCAUAUUAUAUAAAACGAUUGGAUCAAUUGCAAAAUAUCUAUGAAUUUCAGCAGCGCAUCAAUGUUGUUGAUCAAUCGAAAAAUUUGCAUGUUGAAAAUGUGAUUGAUUUUGAUUUGCCGCCAAUGAAAGAUUUUACGUAUACAAAUGAUGUAAUACCACGUGACGGUAUCAUUAUACCGGACGAUCCGCCGGUCGGUUGUAAUUGUACUGAUGACGAGGGCGGACAAUGUUCAAUCAAAUCGGAUUGUUGUCCAAAACAAUUUGACGCACAAUUUUCAUAUAAUUCACGAGGUUUGGUGCGGGUUAAACAAGGUACACCAAUUUUUGAAUGUAAUAAAGCAUGUAAAUGCUCGGAAAAUUGCCAGAAUCGUGUGGUACAAAAGGGUCGCAAGCAAACAUUGUGCAUUUUUAAAACGAAAGAACGUGGAUGGGGCGUUCGAACCGAACGGGCCAUUGCAAAGGGACAAUUUAUUUGCGAAUAUGUUGGCGAAAUUAUCUCGUACGAAGAGACCGAACGACGUGGUAAGGAAUAUGAUGCCGUUGGACGUACAUAUUUAUUCGAUUUGGAUUUUAAUGAAAAAGAUAAUCCAUAUACGGUUGAUGCUGCGAAAUACGGCAAUGUAUCACGGUUUAUCAAUCAUUCGUGCGAUCCGAAUUUGGGCGUGUGGGCCGUUUGGACAAAUUGUUUGGAUUUAAAUUUACCAAAACUCUGCUUGUUUGCAUUGAGAUCGAUUAAAGAGAAUGAAGAGCUUACCUUUGAUUAUAUAAAUAGUACAAACAGUGGACCACGCAGUGGUGCCGAUAUCAUUGGUGAUGCCAAUGAUUCGUUGAAUGAAAACGAUAUCAAAUUCGAUAAGAAUGAAUCGUUGAAGGAAAACGAAAAAUUACGUGAAAUAUCCAAUACACCGCUUUUCCAAGCCGAAUCGAAUGAGACACACGAUGAAUUGAUUAUUAAAGCCGAAUCGAAUGAAACAGCUGAAUUCAACGAUAAGGAUCUCAUCAAACAAAACGAUUUCCAAGAUUUUCCGGACACAGACACAAUCAAAGCAACACAGAGUAUGACAGAUGAUACAACGAAACUAGAGAAAAAAGAUGGAUUCAGCUGCCAUUGUGGUGCAGCCAACUGCCGAAAAAUCAUCUUUUGCUAGUUUAAAAUCAACCAAAAAAAUAAACGACAUACAAAUUAUGAUCCAUUUCUAUUUAGUGCAAAUUAUGUUACUUUCUCUGUAUUAUUUUAGUUAAGUUUAAAAACAAAUCUUUUUUUUAUUAUUUCCCUUUUUUAUGGGACAUUUCAUUAUUAUUUUUCUUUAUUGAUCUUCAGAAGAAUAUUCAAAUUGUGUUUUUUUUCUUCAUAAUUCUUCUUUUUCACUCUUAAUCAAUCUGAAUUUCAUGAAUUGUAGUAAUCGUUAAGUUGGCAUGUGAAUUGAUGUUAUGAAUAUAAUAAAAAUCCCACAUUUGAGCAUUAAA